AUGACUGCAGCCGACGCGCCGUGGCAUCAAAUACGAGCGUGCGCUUCGCCGUCCCGCUGCCACGCGGGCCCCACCAGCCAGUAUCAAACCCUAUCCCAUCUCCUUUGGUCUUGGCGGCUCGGCGCUUUGCAUCUCUCUCAGCCCCAGUCGCCGGCGGGGCCGCAGAAUCCGAGAUUAGGAUCUGCCGUCGAGAAGGAGGUGGCGAUGAUGGCUUGCCGGCUACGGUUCCACCAGCGUGUAUCGUUCCAUCGUUUAAUCAACCAGGUGGUACUCUUUUCUUCCACAGUUAGGCUGGUUGGAGUCCGGCCGACCUGCUGCUCUCCGUCCAGGGACUUCGCGGCUGUCAAAUCCCAGAAAAUCCAGCCCCCCAAGAAGAAAAAGCGAUUGGAUGAGGCGUGCCUUGAGAGGUAUCAACAAUACAGUAGAACGUACAUCCAGUCAUGGAUUCUUCAGGGUAAGGUCCAUGUAAACGGAAGGGUCGUGAACAAAGCUGGAACACAAGUAUCUGACAAGUCAGUCAUAGAAAUCAAGGCUGAAAUCCCGAAAUAUGUAUGUAGGGCUGGGCAUAAGCUUGAGGCAGCUAUCAAAGAAUUUAGAGUUGACUGUGAUGGAAAGAUAGCCCUUGAUUCAGGGCUGUCUACAGGUGGUUUUACCGACUGUUUACUUCAGCAUGGGGCAUCACAUGUGUACGGUGUUGAUGUUGGCUAUGGACAGGUGGCUGAAAAAAUUCGUGUGCAUGAACAUGUCUCAGUAAUUGAACGUACAAACUUGAGACAUCUUUCUAAGCUGCCACAACUGGUUGACCUGGUGACGCUGGACCUAUCAUUCAUCUCUAUUCUUGUGGUUAUGCCUGCAGUGGUCAAAGUAAUGAAGACAAACUCAACACUGAUAACACUUAUCAAACCUCAGUUUGAAGCUCGUAGAUCUCAGGUAGGAAAAGGUGGGAUUGUUCGAGACCCUCUGGUUCAUAAGGAGGUGUUAGAUAGGAUAAUUUCAGGCGUUGAGCAGUUUGGAUUUCGCAAUGGGGGCUGGAUCGAGUCUCCGCUGAAAGGCGCAGAAGGGAACACAGAGUUUCUUGCCUGCUUCGAGAGGAUCCCAAUGCCAGAGCCACACGCAGGGGCAGGGGCAGAGCCACACGCAGAGGCAGAGGCAGAGGCAGAGGCAGAGCCAGAGCCAGAGCCAGAGGAAACAUGA